AUGUUAUCUAUCUAUCUAUCCGUUCAUGUUUUAGUCAACCAGGGCAAUUAUUGGCGAAACAUUCAUUCCACCCAAGAUCCCCCUACUGUCUCUCCACCCCUCUAUCUCUCCCUCUCUCUCUCUACCCCCUUUAUCUCUCUCCCUUCUCUCUCCACCCCCUUUCUCUCUCUUUCUUUCUUUCUCUCUCUCUGGAAGUUUCUGUCACUUUCUAUCUCUCUGUCUUUUUCACCUUGUACAUCUUCUUCCUUUCUCCUUCUUCUUCUUCUUCUUCUUCUUAUUAUUAUUAUUAUUAUUAUUGAUGUUGUUGUUGUUAUUUUCACUUUUACAUCUGCCAUUCUUUUUUUUCUUCUUCGUCCGCUUUUUCUUCUUAUUCUACUUCUACGAUUCCUACUUUUUGGCGCUUUUAUGUUUAUUUCUACUACUACUACUACUACUACUAUUUCCUUUUAUUCUAUUUCUUCUCAUCAUUAUUAUUGUUAUUAUUAUUUCACCUUCUUCUGCCUUUCUUCUUCUCCCUCUUUUUCUUUUUUUUCUUCUUUUCGCCCGUCUUUAUUCUUCUUUCACUACAAUUACUACUUUUUAGGUUCUUCUCUUUUUACCUCUUGUUCUUCUUGUUCUAUUUCUUCUUCUUCUUCUCUUUCUAUUACUACUACUACUAAUUCUUCUUCUUCUUCUUCUUCUUCUUCUUCUUCUUCUUCUUCUUCUUCUUCUUCUUUCGAUCAUUUUUUCACUCUCAUGCACCUAUAUGAUGUUCAUAUUUAUCUAUCAAUCUAUCUCAGUAUUUUCAUAUCUAUCUAUCUCUCUAUCUAUCUACCUACCUACCUAUCCAUCUAUCUAUCUCAGUAUUUACAUAUCUAUCUAUCUCAGUAUUUUCAUAUCUAUCUAUCUAUCUAUCUAUCUAUCUAUCUAUCUAUUUUCACCCAUCGCUCUAUAUAUCUAUCUAGCAAGCUAUCACACUCUCCUGUUAAUAUCUAUCUAUCUAUCUAUCUAUCUAUCUAUCUAUCUAUCUAUCUAUCUAUCUAUCUAUCUAUCACAACAAGUUCAUUAUCUAUCUCAAUCCGAACAUAG